AUGGAGGGAUGGAGCUUCCCCGAGCGCCGGCCCGCGGUUCCCACGCCCCCGACGACCGCGAAGGGCGGGGCCGUCCCCAGUCCACAGCCCCCGCACUUCAGAGGAAUCCCUACUGCAUCCCCGACGUCCUGCACAGCAGAGGGCCGCAGGGGUAGCAGGGCCACGCACCCGGCCAAGGAGGAGGGCGCCGGGCACCGGCUGCUGAACAUGCUGAGAAGAACUCUGAAAGGGACUGAAAGUAAAGAACUGGAAAUAACACCUGAAGUGCCAACUUUGGUACCAUUUGGGGGUGUGGUUGGCUGCCUUGCUAUUCAUGUAAAGAACUGCAGACAUUUCACGCCUAAGAUUGCUUUACAACAUUACAGUAAUUUGUUCAUUCGCAUCUCUAUUAACAACAUUGUGAAAUGUACAAAAAUGUGUAGCCUGCCAUCCCAAAACAAUGAAAAGAACGCUGUAAUUAAUUUUGAUGACGUAAAGUAUUUUUCUGUACAGGUUCCCAGGCGUCAAGAUGAUGUGCGGAAUAAUAUUUUCUUGGAACUAAUGCAAUAUGACAAAAUAGAAAAAUACCCUCUCUUGUUAGGGAGUAUUCAGGUACACCUUUAUGAAGUAAUUCAGAAAGGGCGUUUUAUUGAAGAAUUUCACAUGUUGAAUAAAAACACAUUUAUCUGUAGGGUGGAGGUGGAAUUUAUGUUCUCCUAUGGAAACUUUGGUUAUGGAUUUUCACAUCAGUUAAAACCUCUUCAGAAAAUUAUUGAGCCAUCCAUGUUUAUGAAUAUUGCACCACCUCCAGAGAGAAUAGAUCCUGUGAUAAAUGUUAUUACACCACAACCAAUAGAAUAUCCAGCAUUCCUAUCCUCAGACCUGAAUGUUACCGUUGGGAUGCCACCUGCAGUGUCCCAAUCCAACCAGCCACCUGUAGUACGACUUGAAAAACUUCAGCAACAACCUCGGGAAAGGCUGGAAAAAAUGAAAAAAGAAUACAGAAAUCUGAAUACAUGGAUGGAAAAAGCUAGCUAUUUAGAAGGGCUUCUUACCCCAAAAUUUGCCCAUAAAGAACGUAAGGGAAGUGAUACCAGUGAGUUACUUGCAAGCCUCUUUGAAAAGGAGCCUGAAAAUGGUGUAACAUCAGAUGUACCUUUUAUAAAGGAGGAAGCUGAAACUGUUCCAAGUGAGUUGCCAGAUAAUGAUGAUAAGAACGACUUGAUUCUCCCACCUUUGAACGAGUCAAAUCAAGAUAAUUCAGAUGCUGUUGCUAUUGCUCCUGAAAGUGAUGAAUCAACAAAGCAAACAGAUGAGUCAACAAAGCAAACAGAUGAGUCAACAAAGCAAACUCCUGUUGUUCCAGUCCUGACAAUAACGGAGGAGAACAAAACAUUACCUUUAGAGGAAUACCUAUCAAAAGCUCCACCAGAGGGAAAAAUGAAAAAUAUGUUCCCUCCACCAGAAGUAAAAUUGAAAGCUAGAUAUCCAGGCCUUUUAAAAACAGACUCAUCUCCAUCAGAGGUAAAGAUGAAAACUAGCUUUAUAUAUCCAGGUAAAAUAAAGAGGAGGAACUUAGAUUCAUCUCCAUCAGAAUAUUGUUGGCAAAGCAACAAUCUAAGCUUAGCUGGGAGGAAGAGCACAAGCUUAGUUUCCCCAGGUUCAAAAUCAAAAGGUAGGUCUCAAAGCCAAGAUCCAGAGGAACACCUUGAAUUAAAGGUGAUUUUUUCACCAGUGGAAUACACUUUACCAUCUUUCAGACCGGAAUUUAUAGAAUUCAAACCAAAGUAUCCAUUCCAGGAAUUCAACUCUAAGAAUGGUUUUGAUCCUUUUCUAAGGAAUAUAAACCACAAAAUGUCAGUCGGAAAAAGGAAAGAGCAAGAUAUGUACAAAUGUAGAAAUAUUUUAAGUGCAGAGGUUAUAGAGCAUGAAGACCAAGAUCCUCCUUACCCAACAUAUUCAAAAACUGCAAGACCUACUAAUAAAACCUGGCCUCAUGAUCCUGGCAUCACCACAGCAAAGACUUUAGGCACAGAGACUAAGCUAAAGUUAGCCCAUGAUUCCGAUUGCAUCACGAUAAAGACUUUAGACACUAAGAAAAAGUUAAAAGAAAGACUACCAAAUGUAUCUCUACCUAAUUUUGAAGCAGAAUCAUCAAUGACUGGAAAUGUAAAUACAUGUCGCUUCUCAAAAUCAUUAAAUCUUACUUCUCACCUAGAAAAUUUAAAACAAUCAAUUAUGUUCAAGUCAAUUUUAAGUAAAAAUCUGCAAGACCUUUCAGAUAAGUUAUUUUCUAAACCAGAGUUUUCUGUGGACACUGAAGCAAGAAAGGAAAGUCAUAGUUCUCCACUUCCAAGUGUUUAUGAUGAGCCACCAAGUAGUUUGGAAAACAAAGUAUUUGAAAAAGUUAAAGAUUUAAAUAGCAGGCUUUCAGAAAAAUAUAUUUUAAGUUCAAAGUCUCUUUUAAGACAAAUAAUUAAAGAUAUUCCUGCAGAUUCACUUUCAGAAGGUGGACCAAGAAAUUCUCCAGUGGUAGAAAGGGCACUUGUCUCUGAAAAACACUUGGAAGCUGGUGAGAUUGAUUUUCCAAUAAAAAAUAAUUUCAAAAAGAAACAUUCAAAAAUUGAACUGUCUAGCUCCAAACCAGAUGUAAGUGACAGUGCACAUGAUUAUGUUAUAAAGCAAAUAUUCACUGCACCUGUCUUCUCAGAGUUGGAAGUGGGAGUGAAAGAAUUAAGUGGGACAUCAGUAAAUUUGGAGAAUCAAUUACCCACAGCUUGGGAGAGUAUAUCUUCAAAUAUUCUACUUCAAUAUGAAGAAAACAAUGAUGAAAUAGAAUUGCCACAGGCCAAAUCUGUUAUAAGCCAGAUAAUACAAGCAUUUCCUAUAGAUAGUCUUUUGGAAUCUGGGAUAAUCAAAGUGAUAGAAUUAGAUAAAGAAUAUCAGAAGAGAUCUGUAAUGGCUUCAGAGACCGUCUUUGCUGGAGAAGAGCCAAAGUAUUCCACAGAGGAUUAUUUGGAAACCCAAAGCAGUAUAGAACCUCUUUCAGAUCAGAAUACACUCAUCAUUCCCAAAGAAACCACUUCUUUGAAUAGAGUUGAAUAUGUGGAUGAAGGUCAAAAUUUAUCCCUACAACAUUCAAAAUAUCAGUCAGCACCAGAUAAAAAAACAGAUAUGCCAAAUAAUAGUCAGAGGUUUGCUAGAGAAGAAAAUGAUCUAAAUUCUACUUUAGAAAAUUUAAGUAACUCAUUAAUGGGUAAACUUAAUGAUUCAGAUGUAAUAAUGUUAAAAUCCUUCUUAAAACAUACGUUUAAUAUUUUUUUCAAAUAUAAUCAGUUUGAUAGAAGACAACCAGAAAAAGAAUUAGAAAGACUAAUUCAGCAUCCUGUUCCAAAUAAUACAGAAGAGCUUGAAGAAAUCAAAGAGAAUUUUGAUAAAGCAGAUAAAUUAGACAGAAAACCUAUUUUGAGUCCAAAACUGCGUAUAUUUCUAGAAGAACUCUCAGAGUCAGAAAUAAAAAAUUUAAAAUCUGAACUAAGUAAACAUAUCCAACAUUACCUUGUAGAAAGACUUUCAGAAUCUGGACACAUCACCAAAGAAGACUUACCAAAAAUCUAUCAAAAUCUGUAUUUGAUGAAUGAGAAAGUGGAGCCAAAAGGGCAAAAUAUUUUUCUGGAAAAAUAUUCGGAAACCGUAAAAGAAAUCAUGUCUUUUGUAAAUAAUUUUAAUCAUCAUUUCAUAGAUAAACAUUUGGAAAUAAAGCUAAGAUCUUUUUUAAAUGAGAUUCUCCAAAACUAUUUCCUAAAAAACCUUUCUGAAAGCAGUUUAUUUAAAGAGACAGAAUCUGACACUGUCCACUCAAACAUGUCUUCUCUAAGAACUAAAAGUGCCUCCAUAUCUUUUCAUGAGUUAAGACAAGACAUUUCAAGGGGGAGUUUUGGGAAGAGACUUGACUUAAAGAUGAAAUAUCCUUUAAAUAAAUCUCUACAAAACUAUCUUAUAGCUUUAACAGAAAAUGAACUUUUAAAUCUAAAAGCCAAUUUAAGCAAACACCUCCAGAGCCUUUUUAUAGAAAAACUUUCAAAGUCAGGACUACUCACAGAAAGACAAUUAGAGGGGAUCAACCAACAUAUAAAUUUGAUCAAUUCUAGUACUAUACCAUUAAAAUGUAUAAAGCCAGAUUUAUCUUUUAGAAAUGAAAAUCAACUUAUGGAAGAGAAUUCAGAAAAGCAAAAUAAAUAUUCAAAAAUUAUUCAAAAAACGACUUUACAAAAAGUUCCUAAAGAUAGACUUACUGAAACAGAACUGACCAAAAAGGAAGAAAGGGAAUAUUUUUCCUUACAGCAUAUUAAGGAAAAUCCAUCAAUAAUUGAGGAACAGAAAAGAUACUAUCCUAAAGAAGGAGCCAAAACCUUGAGAUUAAUUAAACUACAACCUUCUUUCAUCAAAAACACCCAAGUGAUUCCAUUAAAUAAGUCAUCAGAAAGACUUACAGAUAUAGUACUUAAGAAACACAGGAAAGAAUAUGGUUUUAUCCAGCUUCCUCGAGCAGAAAAUUAUGAUUUUAAAACAGAUAUUCAAGACCCACAUAGUUGGAGUGGCAAAUCAAAAGCAAGUCAGUCAAAUGUUUGCUUUGAAAGGACACUAAAAACAAAGCCCCUUGGAAAAAAAGAGCAUAAUAUGUGUAAGUUGAUAGCACAGGAAAAACCUGAAGCUGUACUGUCACUUUAUCCAAGAAUUCCUAAUUGCAAAAUGCCAAGUGAAAAUGAAGACUAUGUAUACAAAUACACUUUUCCUUCCAGGCAGAGUAGCACUUUAACUCAUUUCAAUUUAGAGGCUGGGGAGAAAUCAAAGUUAGAAGACCAGUAUAUUCGGAGGUUGAAAGGAAAUAAUAAUAAUAAUAAAAAACAACAUUUAGUAACAUUUGCACAAUACAAAAAAAUACAUACUCUUUCUGUAAGAGAAAAUGGAAUUUGUGAUGAAAAAUAUGCCAAGUUCCCUGAAUCACAGUCUUUAAAGUACAAAAUUGUGGAAGCUCAGAAAAACUCAAAACCAUCCCUCUUCCCAGAAGUAUUAAAGACAGAAAAUCUAAAGCCCAAGGUACGAAAAGAAAGAGACCGUGUCAACAAACAAAAGAAGUCAUUUAGCAAGAUACUACCAACCACACUGCCCACCACAAGAAUUCUAAGGAAAUCUGUUCCAAGAACAUUGCUUCACUGGACCGCAAGAAGAACUAUACAUGAUUGUUCGGAUAGAUUUGAGGAUAUACCUGUGACCCCAUUUAAGCAUGCUGAACAAGCAAAAUCAAGAACAAAGCUUUUAGGAAAAAGCUCAGAUGAUAGCCAUAAUCAGUUAAAACACUUCACAAGACCGAAUACUGCUCCAGAGGUUAACAAACGGCAAGAGAGCUACAAUGGAAAAUUUACAAGUCCUCGAAUGGUUUCAGCAGGUUUAGUGUACGUCAAUGAUGCAAUCCCAAAUUAUGAAAUCCAUAAAAUGCGGCAAAAAAAAAGAUUAAGAGAGAAUAUUGAAAAGUGUUCACUCAUUUGUGAUAUUAUCCAAAUGUUAAAAGUUCAAAACGAUAUAUAA